UAGGGUUUCGGGGGUCUGGCUUCGACCCUUGUGGUUUCAUGUUGUUCCCCUCCAACCUUCGUGAUGCUAAAUUCGCAUCGUGGGGAGGAAUACAGUGUUUGCUUGAUUGAAGCACCUGUUGGUGUCCAUUUUCAAGCCACUGAGUUCUAUCUAAACCUCCCCUUGAAAGAUUUGUUCGAAUAGAUGGAGGACGAUCGCAAUCUGGACUUAGGGCAUGUGGCGUGCGUGCGAUGCAGCAAGGCUGCUCGUUUGCAGUGCCCGAAGUGUUUAGAGCUUAAAUUGCCGCGUGGCAAUGCGUCCUUUUGUUCGCAGGGUUGUUUUAAGGAAUCAUGGAAUUCACACAAGGCUGUUCAUACUGCGUUGAGUCAAAAACAAGAGGGUGAGACUCAUGGUUUGCAGGAUCCACAUGCUGACGCUUUGGCUCGAGGGUGGAUGUAUUGCCUCCGGAAGGGCCAAAGUCGAAGCUCGGAGUUGCCAAAUUUCGAUUGGACAGGACCUUUAAGAGCAUAUCCAAUAUCACCUCGACGCUUUGUCCCCGACCACAUUCCCCGUCCUGAAUGGGCUUCAACGGGCAGACCCCAACAAGAAAUGAACAGUGAAUGGCAGAAUAGUGUAGAGAUUAAAUCUCCAGCACAGAUAGCCAAACUGCGAGAAGCUUGUAGGGUUGGAAGAGAAGUGCUAGAUGUAGCAGCAAGAGCAAUCAAGCCAGGAGUGACAACUGACGAAAUAGACAGGAUUGUGCAUGAGGCUACAAUUGCAGCUGGUGGCUACCCUUCACCUCUGAAUUAUCACUUCUUCCCAAAGUCUUGUUGCACGUCUGUAAAUGAAAUAAUCUGCCACGGCAUACCCGAUGCAAGACCGUUGGAAGAGGGUGACGUCGUCAAUGUGGACGUUACAGUCUAUCUGAAUGGCUGUCAUGGGGAUUUAAACGAAACUUUCUUCGUUGGAAAAGUAGACAAAGCAUCGGAAGAUCUUGUGCGGAGUACCUAUGAAUGUCUUGAGAAAGCCAUCGCUUUAGUGAAGCCUGGAGUACGUUAUCGGGAUGUUGGUGAGGUUAUCAGUAGACACGCCUCGUUGAAUGGCCUCUCUGUGGUGAAGUCGUACUGUGGUCAUGGAAUAGGAGAGCUUUUUCAUUGUGCACCUAACAUUCCACACUAUGCUCGCAACAAAGCUGUGGGAGUAAUGAAGGCAGGACAAGUCUUCACAAUCGAACCCAUGAUUAAUUCUGGUGUCUGGAGAGAUAGGAUGUGGCCAGAUGGGUGGACUGCGACUACUGCAGAUGGCAAGCGCAGCGCGCAAUUUGAGCAUACGCUUCUGGUGACGGAUACUGGAGUUGAAGUUUUGACAGCUCGUCUCCCAACAUCACCCGAUGUGUUUCCUUGGUUAAAAGAUAGUUCUCAAACUGUGGUUUGAAUAAUUAAGUAAAUGGUACUGAACAUGAAGUUAGGGUUGAAUCCAAGGCCUUACACAAAUGCCGGGUACUGUGUAAUAGGAAUUGGAUUGUAAUAGAAAGAUCUAGUAUUCAAUAUAUAUUCUAGAAUCUAUCUGGGACCGACCUUCGUACGA